AUGAUCUUGCUAUUGUUCGACGUGUCGAAGCUAGACAUCAGUGAUGAAUUCAGGAGAGUCAUUCAGGCCACCAGAGGCAACGAUCAUAAGAUCUGCAUCUUGCUGAACAAGGCGGACAACGUCACAACACAGCAACUCAUGCGAGUUUAUGGCGCGCUGAUGUGGUCACUGGGUAAAGUAUUGGACACUCCAGAAGUUGCCCGUGUCUAUGUCGGAACAUUUUGGGAUCAGCCGCUGAAGAAUGAGAAGCUUCGGGAGUUGUUCGAACAGGAGGAGAAUGACCUGUACACCAAGAUUGCCCAGCUUCCAAGGAGUGCAUCACUCCGGAAAGUCAAUGUGCGGGCCUCUGUGGUGAAGGAAGAUCUGAUAAAAAGAGCUCGGUUGGCCAAAGUUCAUGCGCUGCUGCUAGACUACUUCUACAAGAGGAUGCCGACAUUUUUUGGACAUGCAAAAGAGCAGGUGUUGCUGCAAGCACUGCAAGCUGUCCGGUGGAAACACAGUUUGGAUGAUGCUGCACCUGUCAUGUGUCGGAUCAUGUUGCAGUCCUUGUAUCUUGAUCCCAGUGAUGCGCUUGGCUGUACAAGCUUGCCCCUGCAGCAAAUCCUCACCCCGAUGGAUUUCUCCACGUUCAAGCCAGUGGACCCGGAGAAGUUGCAGGCAGUGGAGGCCCUGCUAGCCGUGGACUUGCCAAAGCUGCUGCAAUUGAUUCCUGAGGAGCAGGUUCGGUAUGGCAUUGAGGAGGCAGCUGUGGCCCAGAUUGUUGGCAUGGCCUCGCCCUUCGCCGUGAUGAAAGUGGAGGGCAAUACCGAGCAGUCUGUGUACAAGGGCCAGUGGCAACGACCGCCCACAGUUGAGCAGUUCCAGGCUGACUUUGAUGGACUGCAUCCCGUGGAUGGAAAAAUCAAUGCUCAGCAAGCCAAGCAGAAGAUGGUAGAGGCGCCACGCGUUCACAUCAGGAGAGAUCAACCGGCGGGAGCCAUCGGCGGAUCUUCAGACGAUGUCAGCAGCAGCCGGCGAAGCCGGGCUUGGUCAUUGGCCCCUUGCGAAGACGAUGCGGCGAAAGCCUAUCGCUUGAGCAUCAUUUCGGCGGAGGACUUUUACCGGCAGUAUCACUCGACACUGCCCAAGGUCAUCGGUGGCCCGACGCCGGCGGCCCCUCCGCAGCCGAUCCAGUCGAGGAUCGAGAGGAAGCUGGCAGGGCUUCCCGCAUUUGCCCCCUCGCCCGCCAAGGUCGGCGACACCGGUGGAGCGCCUCAGUCUCCAGUGUCGUCGAGUGGUGGUGAUCCGUCGGGCCCUUUGCAGUCGAGCGCUGGCCAAUUUCGGCUGAAGCCAUUCGUCAGGUGGCGGCCGUCCCUCCGGCGCGGGGGCUACCGGUCGAUACAGAACAACUUCGACUCGUCGGUCACAUAUACCAGGCUCAAGGCGAGUUUCCCAGUCGACAGGCUGGCAAAGGCCUUUUCGAAGGAGCCGCCGGCGCUGUCCGAGCGUGGAUUUCCGACGGUGGCCGCCGGCGGCGAGUCGGAGAUCGGCCUGCGGCAUAUCGGCCGACUCGAGGCGGCCGGUUUGUGGUUUCGAGACAGGUAUUCCCCGACGGCAUCGGGGCGACGUGGGAGUGCGGGAGAGAGGCCGGCCAAGGAGCACAUCAUCCAGCAGGGUACUGGCGUCGAUCCGUCGCGACGGGGUGGUGCUGCAGUCCACUCCGGCGAGAUUGUCGCUGGGACUCCGGGCGGCGCUGAUGUCACUCCAGUCGCUGCAUGUUGUCAACCAUCCAGCCCAAGAUGGUGCCCUACAUCGACGACGGGGCGCCGGCGGCACUCAUCUACGCCGACGCCUUCUACCAGCCCGGAGAGGUGCGCCGCAAGGCUGGCCACAUCGCGGCGGAGGUGCAGGUCAAUCCUGAGGCUGCGUCCCAGGUCUUCUACGACUGCGGCACGGCGCUGA